AUGCAAGCAGGAAUGCUCCGCGCGACACUUGUGUGCGCCCUCCUGGCAGCUGCCGGCGCCGUGUCCACGAACAGCGCGUCCCGGGCGUCCCGCGCGGACCUGGAGGCAGGCCAGCGCGCCAAUCCGAUCCGCAGGGUGGUCACCCUCUUGCAGAAUAUGCAGAAGCAGGUGACGGAGGAGGGGAAGACCGAGGAGGAUCUUUACAAAAAAUUCACGUGGUUGCGGAUGUGCUAUUGCACCACCGGCAAGGGCCAGCUGGAGACUGCCAUCUCGACGGCGGACGAGAAGAUCACCAAGGUGACCUCCAUGCUGGAGGAGGGAGAGUCGAAGAAGGCUCAGCUUGACUCGGACAUCAAGAAGGCCAAGGCCGACCGUGCUGAGGGCAAGACGGCCCUGGCGACCGCCACCGCGCUCCGGGCCAAGGAGGCAACUACGUACGCCAAGGAGUCGUCUGACUUCCAGACCGACCUCUCUGCCCUUGCCGCAGCCAUCAAGGCCAUCGAGUCGGGCAUGAGUGGAAGCUUUCUGCAGACACAGGCGGGCACCGUGCUGCGUCGCCUUGCCGUGGACGCGGACAUGUCUGCGCCCGACCGCGACGUGCUCACCGCCUUCCUCGCGCAGGGGCAGGGCUAUGUGCCCAAGAGCGGGCAGAUCGUUGGGAUCCUGAAGCAGAUGAAGGACACCAUGGGUAAGGACCUCUCGGAUCUCACCGCCACGGAAGAGAAGGCCAUCAAGGACUACGAGGCCUUGAGCGCCGCCAAGACGGCCGAGAUCGAGGCUCUCACCUCGGAGAUCGAGUCGAAGCUCGAAGCUUCUGGCGAGCUCGCCGUGGAGAUCGUUAACAUGAAGGAGGACUUGGACGACACGGCGAAGACCCUGCUGGAGGACAAGAAGUUUCUGGCCGAGCUCGAGAAGGGCUGCGACACGAAGACGGCCGAGUGGGAGGAGCGCUCGAAGACCCGCACUGACGAGCUCUUGGCCCUGGCUGAGACCAUCAAGAUCCUCAAUGAUGACGAUGCUUUGGAACUCUUCAACCCUUCCCACUCCGACGUUGAUGCAGUUGCAGGUAACCAACAAGCAGGUGCAGACGGCGGCCUUGAAGGCCCUGCUCAAGGUCAAGAACCAGGACCCCCGCGUGGCGCUCAUCUCUCUUGCGCUCCGCGGAGGGGCCAAGAGCUUCGACAAGGUCAUCAAGAUGAUAGACGAAAUGGUGGCUCUGCUUGGCGCUGA